UUUUAUACAUUUGUUUUACAUAACUUACAAUUUUCAUUUAUACAUUCUAUAUAUUAACCAAUGUAUACUCUGAUGUAUUAGGUGGGUUAUACUUUACCAAUUUCUUGAGGAUAGGCGAUACAUCUAGUUUGAUAAGUAUGGAUUAUUUAUAUACUGGAGUGGUUUAAUUGUUGGAAAAGAAGAAACUGUAUGGGACUCGAAAAAGUACAGACCAGCUGCGAUCAUACUGCAUCAUAAAACAAAUUCCAGGUUGAACACUCAAAGACAAUCAAAUGAAAGAAAUGCAGAAAUAGUGUCAGUGAAAAAAACUAAACACAUUGGCAUCAUGAGAGGCGGUCUUAUAGUCGUGUAAUAUGAAGCAUUCUAUUCUAAAACACACAGAUAUGUGAAAGUGUUAAAUGACUAAAAUGUCAAAUCUAACAUACAUCAGCAAUGUGACAAGAAAUAGCACCGACACAUACAUCAUCAAUGUAACAAGAGCUAUUAAUGACACCAAGGCAUCAAUUAUACAAAAUUUAAACGAUAACGAGGCUGCGGUACUUCUUCCUGUUAUUGUAUAUGUUUUCAUUCUUAUGUCAGCAGGAAUUUUCGGAAAUCUAAUAGUUCUAUAUGUUUACAAAUUUAGAUUUCGACGAUCAAGUUCUCGAGCUUUUAUAUUGUGUCUCGCCAUUUUAGAUUUAGUCACGUGCUUGUUUGGAAUGCCUUUCCAUGUGAUCGAUAUGAAUUUUCCGUACUUGUUUGUUUGGGACGUGCCGUGUAAAGUUCUCUACUUUCUUCUGUCAUCAACAAUACAUGCGUCUACAUUUAUAUUGGUUCUUAUUUCAAUUGAACGUUACAGAAAGAUAUGUCUUCCUUUUGAAAAACAAAUUUCUGACAUUGGAACAAAAGCAAUAUGUACUGCGUGCAUUAUGGGUGCGUUCAUACUGUCUACGCCGAUAUUAUUCCUUUAUGGUGUUGCUUCAUUUGAUACUGGUGUAUCAAAUACAACCGGUUAUGAAUGUUACAUAUCCAAUGAUUUCAGCGAAAGCAUUUUUCCUUUAAUAUAUGAUGUGGUGACUAUUAUUUUAUUUGUUGGUUCUACAAGUACACUGACUGUUUUGUACACUCGCAUUGGCAUAAAAGUAUGGCGUAAAGGGACAUUUCAAGGAAACAAAACUAAAUGUAAAAAUGGGAAACAAGCAUCAGAAAAUUCAAAGCAAUCUCAAGGUGAAAAAGUGAUUGAAACGUCAUUCACUAACAAAACAAAACAGCCAAAUAAGCAUCUGGUAAACACUAGUAAUACCUUUGAUGAAUAUUCAAAUAUUUUGAUAAAUUCUCCCAAGCUUCGGAAAGAUCUAAGCAAGAAAACUGAAACCCGGAUGGAUAUAAGGCGAUCAAGUUUAAGACUAAAAUGGCCGGAAAACAAACGGUCAAGUUUUAGGAAAAGUUUUAGGGCAAGCUUUUUUUCAGGAAAAUCGAUUUCGGAAGAAAGUAGUUCAGAAUCAUUCACUUCAACUCUUGAACGGAAAUCAAAAUUUGUGCGUGAAGGAAUACGAAUGACAAACAAAUUUUCCAAAAAGCAAAGACGUUCAUUGCGCAUAACCGGGAUGUUGUCUCUUAUAACUGUAGUUUUCGUAAUCAGUUUUUUGCCAUAUUUAGUAAUAUCAAUUUUGAAUGGUCUCGAAGAAAAUUUUUGGGAGAACAUGACUAACAAUAAACUUCUAAUUUACAACUUUCUUUUGAGGACCUAUUUUAUAAACAAUAUGGCUAACCCUAUAAUAUACGGAUUUCUUGAUGAAAAAUUCAGAUCUGAAGUGCGAAAGAUGUUCAAGUGCUGUUAAAAUAAUGUCACAUUACAGCAAGACCUGUUAAAAAGGUCAUAUCUGCUUAGCGAAGCAUGUCUUGGCAGGUCAUUCCUUUUCUGUACCAUUUUAUUUAAUCAUUGCAUUUUGAACCUCUUGUCCAAUGUCAUGGAUUCUAUAAAAUAAAUUUUCCUACUCACUAGGGUGACCUUUAUACAAGGUAAAGAUGCAUUUGAAAUCAGAAUUGUAUUAGAAUGUCGAAGCCAAUGUUUAUUUUUUUAUAUGUUGCCUAUUAAAUGUGAAAUAAGAAGA